AUGCAAAAGUCAUCAUCGUCCAGCGCAUCAAACGCUGCAGUGCAACCUUUCACCGGAAUUGUUGCCACCACAGUCGACGCUCUGCGCCUGGUCAUAGCAGCUCGUAAGGGCAUCAUCCCACGCAUCACGAGAAGGUUAGCGUUUCGCUCAAUUGUCGGUCCCCGCUCUCAUCAGCUCGCGCUUCGUAGGUUGAAUGACGCGGAACGGCGGGACAUGGUGAAAAGUGGCGCUGUCUUUAUCUUUGCUACGGAAGAGAGUGGUAUAAAACGAUGGACGGAAGGACUUGCAUGGUCUCCGUCACGUAUAGACGGGAAUUUUUUGAUAUACCGCGAGGUCACGCAGACCGUCGAGCGAGGCAGCCACAAAAGUGCCGUCAGUAGUCCGGUCUCAACGGCUUCCCUGUCCCAAGAUCAGCAUGCCUUUGGCGCGAGCUCGUCUCAGUAUGACAGCACAUUAGGACCCGUGAAACCCAACGGUCUGACCAAGCGAACGGUGACGAUCAAGGUUGACGGCAUGGACCACCACGUUGUCUCGUACUAUCGAGACGAUGACGUUCGUCGCGGUCAGCUCAAGCGACCAACUGCCAAUCCAACGAUGUUGGCCCUCGCGAUACCUCCAGAACUAGUCAAAGCCACAAACUUUCGUCAUCCGCCGCGUAUUGAGAUCGGGUCGGACAACAUGCCACACAUCUACGACGACGAAGAAACCGCCUAUGAAGCCCGCGUUCGCGCAGCCAAUGCUCCUUCUCGCUCCCCAACCACCCCGUCUGCGCUAUAUUCAACUGCUCCAGAGCUUCGUAGAGGCUCCACAAGCUCCAACCCCCCACAUAGCCCAACUUCUCCGACUGGAUAUUCGUCCUCAGGCUCCGGCCACCCGAAUAGCUCGCUCUCAGGAGCUCUGGAUAAUACGACAUACCUGCCCUAUCACAGAUCAUCGCAGGCCCCCACUAGCUAUCGCGCGGCAGAUUCCCCUGGGUCUGUCUCUGGUUCUCAAUACAGAUCGAUGCAAGAGAAUGAGAUGGGAAGCGAUCCCCGACUCUACCGUACGUCUGACGUCUCUAUGAGAGAUCCUCAGAGUUCAACGGCAAACACGUCGACACAGUCAGAAAUCUUGCUUCCCGGAUUCUGCUACAUUGAUCCUCCGAAUACGGGGACAACAUGGAGUUCGACGGCUGAUCCCCGCUACAGCCCAACGAACGUUGGCUUAUCCCGCCACUUUAACGAGCAUCAUCGGUAUACGAUAGAAGAUGGGGCAGGACCAUCCCAGGCCACCACAGACCCUCAGGCCUAUGCGCGAGGCACAUGGCCCUCCAACGCCAUGAUCGAGGCAGCUAUCUUAUCCGUGCCUCUGGUCGCAUUUGGGAACCGGGCUUGCACGAACCUGGACGCGCGGAAGGCUAGAUUACCUCCGAUGCCGGCCUGGUGGAUGCUUUCGAAGCGGGAUUGUAGCUUCUAA